AUGAGUCCAUCAGCAAAGAAGAGGCUCAAGAAUAGAGUGGUUUCCAAGAGGCAACAUGAGGAACCACAGGACAAGAUACAGCAGCCUGUCAGCAAAGUAAUUGAGCGGAACCGACUUAAAGCGGUGCUAAAAAACUUGUCGCUCUUGAAGCUGCUCAAGAUCUCGAACCCUCGGACCCAAGAACUGCAGAACCUGGCCAAAAGGUGUUGGAAUUCACUUUUCAGAGUUCCGAAGAUCCUCAGGGUCUCCUCUGGGCACGAAGAUGUCUGGGAUACAGUAGAACAAAAUAACAAAGAUCUUCAGGAGGCUGGGUGUCCCAACAAGAAACUGGACUCCAAGAAAUUAGAGCCCCUGAGGGAGCCUGAGGACCCGGAGCAGUCAAGGCCCAAGGCGGCACUGCGGGAGGUUCCCAUGACGUCAAAGGGUCGCGGCCUGCCCACCGGCCCUGGAGCCCAAGAGAGGCAAUCACCCACUGCGGACCCCAGGGUUGUCUUCCUGAAGACCCACCAGUACAGACCUCCCAUGGAGGACAUGAAGCAGCUGGACACAGCAGACCAGCGGAUCUGGUUUGAGGGGCUGCCCACACGAGUCCACCUCCCAGGGCGCCGGGUGAUGUGCAGAUCAUCUCCCCUGCGCUGGGUCAAGCGCUGCUGCACCCGCCUCUGCUCGGCAUCACUUGAGCUGCCAAUGGUCCGUCCAUACAAGAUGUGA